AUGUUCUCCCCUAAAGAGGUUGAGCCAAUGGUGUGGCCAUCUGCUGAGGCGGCUCGUAACCUCCUCAAUGAUUUCAAUGCCUUACCGGAUUUCGUGAAGAAGAAUGAGACGACUCUGGAGUCGUUUCUGAAGGAGAAGACAUGCAAGGUUCAUGAGAAGUUGAAGAAGACUCAAAAGGAGAACAUGGAGCGUAUGGUGUAUCAGUUGAUGGUGCAACCAAGUUGGUCCCAUAAAUUUGAUGAUCUUGACGUGAAAGAGAUCUAUUCAUUGAUCUCUUUCACAAAAGAUGCCAUCAUGCACUUAAGGAAGAAGGUGGGUUCUGUUCAGCAUUGUCCUCUUCGUGAUCCACCGGUGUAUCCAUUUGAAGAGCAAGUCAAGGAGAAUGAGAGAGCUAUGAAGACUUAUGAAGAAGUGAACAUGGUUAACAGUGGUGGUUUAAAGGAGAAGCAAAGCUACUACUUGAUGGAUGAAUGGAUUUUCCCAUCUCUGGAGCCACUUUCCUCUCAAGAUCAUCAACAAAUCAUGAUGAAUAUGGCAUCUUACAACAAUACUCUAGACCCUAGAAGUUAUCAUCCAUAUCAAGGAAGUAGUAGCAAUGGAGACAAUAAUUUGGAGAUGGAGCCAACUUUUUCACCAAUGUUGGCCUUCCCUGAUUUUGUUGAGCCAGUGUAUGAUCAAUACUCUUUUGAUUUCAUGAGCCAUGAGGACCAAAGCAACAUUUACAAGAACAACUACCCUGUUAAUGGUUUUUGUCCAGAGCCACCACCACCAGGAAAUGGAGGAACCGCUGAAGAAGGUAAUUUUGGUGCUAGCUCAUUUGAUCUUAGUUAUAUGGAUUGGCCGGGAAUUAACAAUCAUCAUUUCUAG